AGGCGGCGGCGGCGUCAGUAGGCGCCAGAGCUAGGCCGGUGCGCAGGCGCUCCGCCUCGAUUCGAGGUCCAGUGGUGGUGUAGUCAGUUGCUUGGCCGGUCGCGGGUAACCGCGCUACACGCAGCCAAAAUGUUUGAUAUUUUUGGCUCGGUGCAGGGUCUAUUGAAGAUAGACACCGUGUGCAUCGACAAUAACAUCUUCCGCUUGCACUACAAGGCGACGGUGGUGCUACUGGUGGUGUGCUCGCUCCUAGUGACAUCUCGCCAGUACAUCGGCGACCCGAUCGACUGCAUCGUCAAUGGCAUCCCCGGCAACGUCAUGGACACCUACUGCUGGAUCCACUCGACGUUCACCGUGCCGAAGGCGCUGACCAAGGCCGUUGGCGAGACGGUGCCUCAUCCCGGCGUGGACACGGUUCAGGAAGGAGAUGAGGUCAAGCACCACAAGUACUACCAGUGGGUGUGCUUCGUGCUCUUCUUCCAGGCGGUGCUGUUCUUCGUACCGCGGUACCUGUGGAAGAUCUGGGAGGGCGGCAAGUGCAAGAUGCUGGUCAUGGAGAUGAACUGCCCGAUCGUCGACGAGGACGCGAAGCGGGACCGCAAGAAGCUGCUGGUGGACUACUUCCAGAUGAACCUGCACAACCACAACUUCUACGCCGUACGGUUCUUCUUCUGCGAGGUCCUGAACUUCGUUAACGUUAUCUGCCAGAUGUACUUCACCGACAUGUUCCUCGGCUAUGAGUUCACCACGUACGGCUCUAGGGUGGUCCAGUACGCCAACAUGGAUCAGGAGGAUCGGCCGGACCCGAUAGCGCUGGUCUUCCCCAAGGUGACCAAGUGCACCUUCCACAAGUACGGAUCCUCAGGCACCGUGGAGCGGAUCGACGGCCUCUGCGUCCUCUCGCUUAACAUCAUCAACGAGAAGAUCUUCAUCUUCCUCUGGUUCUGGUUCAUCGUCGUGGCAGUGGUGACGGGUCUGUCGCUGCUGUACCGUCUGGCGGUGGUGAUCUCGCCCCAGGUGCGCCUGUACCUGUUCCGCGCGCGCGCCCGCCUCGCGCCACCGGAACAGGUCGAGACGAUCGCGCGCAAGAGUCAAAUCGGCGACUGGUUCCUGCUCUACCAGCUGGGCAAGAACAUGGACCCGCUCAUCUACAAGGAGUUCAUUCACGAUCUCUCGCGCCGCUUCGAGGGCAAGGAUACGCCCUAGGACACGUGUUCCCCGCCCGGAGAGGCACAGGGGAAGGCGGGGAAGGCUGUGCCGGCGGCCGCCGCCGCGGCGCGGGCACUCCUUGGGCUGCGGGCUCCUCCCCGCGUGAUAGCCGCGUCUGCCCCUGCCCCGCCGCCUGUCGGCUGGUGGGCACGUGGUGACACGUGCCCGCUUACGAUCACGUGGCGCCACGUGCCCACGUUUAGAGGACCGCAUGCACGCACCGUGGUGCGCGUGCCGAGCUUGGGACAGUACGACUGGCGUGGAAUGAUCGCUUUGUGACAGGAAAAACCAUCUCAGAAUUCGAUGAUAGCAUGGCGGCUACUGUCCACAUCUUUUGUAUACGUGAAGCUAUCUCAAUUGCGCCAUACUGCCGCAUGGAAUGCCUUCCAUUUCGUACAGCUCAUGCUCUGUGGAGAUUAUUGAGGCGUGCAUAUACCUGCCCCUGGAGUGUUUUUAGCUCGAGUGGAGUGAUUGCUGGUUCAAGGGGCCAACUGUCAGCUCAUAUGACUAUUUUGUGGAAAUAAACGAAAUGGCUGAUAACACGAAUAA